GAUGGCGUGAGACGCGUGAGUUGUCGGCUUAUGCCGAAGCGUUAUGUCCUAUGCAAGCAGCAAGUCAAGAUUAGAGAUUUGUUCUCGAGCCGAACAGAUAGGCGAAAUUUGGCGUCUGGAAAUAUACAUAGACGGCAUUGAUAUGACAUUUCACCGACAGAUAAGGAGGCGGCAUUGGGAGUGUGAGUCUUAUCGAUACAUUAUGCGCUUCACAUGGGCGCGCACGGAGCAUUGUUGGAGGGGUUCUUGACUCACCCCGCGACCACUCAAGAUAUUUCGGAGCGCGACAACGACCCAUUGAACACGACUCGAAUCUGCAAAUACCGCAAUCAUGGCCGAGGCUACCUACUACAUCGAUGAAGAUGUCGGUCACGAUAUCCCAGAACAAACCGGCGACGAAUCACUUCCCUACAAGUCACUCGGAUACGCUGUCCUCACGCGCGGCGAGACGGCAAAGUUCCUUACACGCAAGAGCGUCACCGGCGAGGUCGCAGAGGGUGCGGAUGCGACAUCGAGGCUAGAGUGGAAGGAAGCCGCAAAGUCGGCCAUGAAAAAGGCAGUCAACUACGCCAAAACACAGAAGAAGAAGCAGGAGAAGGACCAACAACUACUUGCCCAGCGCAUGAAGGAGGAGCAUGAUCGCAACAAGGUACUGGACGAAGCCAAGAAGAUUGUCUUGGAAGAGGACAAGAGCUUGCCUGCGCCCAUCAGGAUCAAGCUCGACGACACCGACUCGAAGAAGAUCACACUAGGAGAUGGCAAGGAUACAAAGGGUACACGAGUACGCGUUUUCGGCCGUGUCCAUCGUGAGCGAAGACAAAAGGACGUCAUGUUCGUUACACUAAGAGACGGCUACGGUCAGAUGCAGCUCAUCUUCACCGGCAAGCUGGCAAAGACCUACGAUGCCCUCACUUUGACCCGCGAGACCAGCAUGGAGGUCUUCGGAGAGCUGAGGAAGAUCCCCGAGGGCGCACACGCACCCAACAACCGCGAACUACACGUCGACUACUACAAGAUCCACGACGGAUGGAAGGCUGCGGGUGGCGACGAUGCCAUCACCAACAGGGUAUCAAAGGACACUGAGCACGCGACACUGUUGGAUCUGCGACAUCUCACCAUGCGCGGAGAGACGGCAUCCAAGGUCUUGAUCGUCCGUGAUGCUGUCGAGUUUGCGUUCAACCAGGUCUACAAGGAACUUCGGUUACGCAAGGUCAGCCCGCCAGCGCUCGUCCAAACCCAGGUUGAGGGUGGUUCUACGCUUUUCAAGUUCGGCUACUACAACGAGGAAGCAUACCUCACCCAGUCGUCUCAACUAUACCUUGAGACUUGUUUGCCAUCUAUGGGUGACGUCUACUGUAUUGAGAAAUCUUUCCGUGCAGAGAAGUCACUGACACGUCGCCAUUUGGCUGAGUACACACACGUCGAAGCCGAGCUCGACUACAUCAACUUUGAUGAUCUACUGAACCACCUGGAGGAGGUCAUGUGCCGUGUCCUUGAAGUCACCAUGUCCGACCCUGUCAUCAAGCAAUACAUCAUGGACCUUAACCCCGAGUUCCAAGUACCAGAGCGGCCUUUCAAGCGCAUGAAGUACCAAGACGCCAUCGACUGGCUCGUCGAGAACGGGAUCCCCAAUGAAGAUGGCGAGCCGCACAAAUUCGGUGACGAUAUCGCCGAGGCUGCUGAGCGUCGCAUGACAGAUAUCAUCAACAAGCCUAUUUUCCUGACUCACUUCCCCGCCGAGAUCAAGGCUUUCUACAUGCUGAAGGACAAGGACGAUGCUAGGGUUACCGAGAGUGUAGAUUGCUUGAUGCCUGGUGUCGGUGAAAUCGUUGGUGGCAGCAUGAGGAUGGACAACUAUGAUGAGUUGAUGGCUGCAUACGGAAGGGAAGGUAUCGAUCCUGCGGCGUACUACUGGUACACUGACCAGAGGAAGUACGGUUCUUCUCCCCACGGCGGUUACGGUCUUGGUCUUGAGCGCUUCCUCGCCUGGCUCUGCAAGCAGCACACCGUCCGCGACUGCUGCCUGUACCCUCGCUACUUCGGUCGUUGCAAGCCUUGAGCGUAAGCCACACGAAUUUUAGCUUCACGUGACGUUGUCCCGUAGCCCUUGCUACAGAACGAGAUGAGAUAUGAGUUGAUUCGCGUGAUGCGGUUCCAGAAUAGUCAAGCUACCGCUUUGCCAGU